AUGAUUCUGCAGACAUACCUUAUUGCUAUAGUCAAUUACUUCGGCUUCUCACCCUUCCAUGCAUCGCACCAAGACUCAUUGCAAUACCCUUUGCAAUAUGACAAUACGCAUACCGUCCAUGCAACCCCCAAGACUCUUUCUUUUGUUCCUCCUGGCGAUGCUGAGUCUGCCGAAGCUGUACCAUUCAUGUGUCAGUAUCCUGCGAUGGCAAAUGAGUACACCUACAAUAGUUCAGGGAAAGACCGAAGUGUCUGGCUCAAACAUCGUACCAAUUCUUCAAUGGACUUUGAUAUAAAUACCGACUACGAAGCAAGAUGGCCCAUCGGCAUUGAGCGCAAGUAUACCCUCACCGUGGGCGAAAAAUCAUUGAACUUGGAUGGCAUUGAAUUUCCGUACGCAAAGGUCGUCAACGGAAGAUUCCCUGGUCCUUGGAUCCAGGCGUGCUGGGGAGACCGGAUCAACGUCACCGUUAAGAACAAUAUGUCCAAGAAUGGGACUGCCAUCCAUAUGCAUGGGCUACGGAUGCUUGACAAUGGCCUUAUGGAUGGUGUGCCUGGUGUAAGCCAAUGUCCUAUCGCCCCAGGAGACACCUUCAACUAUGUGUUCAAUACAACUCAAUAUGGCACGACAUGGUAUCAUAGUCAUUACAGUCUUCAGUACUCGGAUGGUGUACUCGGCCCGUUGACUAUCCACGGGCCAACAUCGGCUAAUUUCGAUAAAGCUAUUGAUCCCAUUAUCUUCACGGAUCACAAUCACAGAAGCGCCUUUCAGGAGUACUAUCAAGAGCAGUUUGCGGCUGCGGACUUGAGUCGAGUUCCGCCCAAGCAGACGAGUAUUCUUCUCAAUGGUCACGGGAGCUAUGCCGGGUCUUUCCCCAACAGGCGAUACAAGAAGAAAGUAAAGCCGGGCAAAAAAUAUAUACUGCGGCUUAUCAACGGGUCGACUGAUACAACAUUCAUCUUCAGCAUCGAUGGUCAUAACCUCACCGUGAUCGGUAUGGAUCUAGUACCAGUUCAACCCUUUACGACAGACCAUAUACAUGUCGGAAUUGGCCAGCGAUACCAUAUUAUUCUUGAAACCAAGACCGAAUUUGAUGACUCUGAAAAAGGGGCGUACUGGAUUCGGACCGAUCCUGCGGAUGGAUGCCACAACUUUGAAACCUUCCCAGACGCCAGACAGGGCAUCCUCUGGUAUGAAGGAGGCUACCCCUCAAUCCCAACCACAAACGCACAUUCGUACAAUAACACAUGCAGUGAUAUGCUUAACCUAGAACCAAUUGUCCCUUGGACCGUUGAUCAGCCACCCCCAAUUAUACCAAUGGUAAAAUACAAUAUGGCCCAGUCGUUCAUUGAGAGGGCAGACGUUGUGAUCGGCAAAUGGAACCUCUCAGCAGAGGGGGAGGACCCCGAGGUGCUUGUCAAUUACUGGAAGUUCUUGAACAGCACUCUUUGGGUGAAUUACCAGCAGCCAACUGUGAACAAUCUUGAUCCUCCAUACAACAGCACUCAGGUUGUUUACCUAGCUGCAGAAGGAAAACCUGCCGAGACCACAUGGAAUUACAUGUUAUUGAUCGGGGGUUAUACAGCUAAUCCCAGUCCGGUGACUGGGGGAGCUCUGGCUCCAGUAGCACAUCCAAUCCAUCUCCACGGUCAUGAUUUCGCAGUUCUGCAGUACUCGACUGACAAGUAUAACAACUCAGAGAACUUGAAAUUCACCCUCGAUAACCCACGGCGACGGGAUGCCAUCCUUCUCCCACUCAAUGGCUUUGUCGUAAUUGCCUUUAAAACCGACAACCCGGGUGCCUGGACACUACAUUGCCAUAUCGCAUGGCAUGCCUCGGCCGGGUUGGCGUUGCAGGUUCUGGAAGAGGAGGACGUGUUCAAAACGCAUAUUGAAGACUCAUCUAUCGCGCGGGCGCAGUUGGAUCGAACCUGUCAAAACUGGGAGACUUGGUUUGCAAACAAAACCAACCGCUGGAAUCCCAAUGGGCGGUUUCAGGAUGACUCGGGGAUUUAAUCGGACUGCCCCGUUGCAUUGACUUCGUCUUGAACUCCACUAUGGGACAGGCCAAAUAGACGGUCUUGGAGCUUGUAUUUGUCAAUGAUAACUUGUUGCUAUGUGGUACAGUCGAUGAUGUAUCUUAAGUCUCAGACUUUUUGGCUAAGUAGUAUCAAGCCCUGUAAAGAAUAAUUAUCCGACCGAAACGGUCGCCGAAGAUAUAUGUUUUAUAUUGCCGAGCUCAUCUCGCACAAGCUGCAAUAUUAAAUCGACAAGGGAACAAUAGCCCAGAUCCACC